CCUCACCGUGGGCCUUGUUAAAACGCAUAGGCUGCGGGAGAGAGGGCUGCUCGCCAGGUUUGGAGGGAGGAGGGAGGAGGGAAGGGACGCAGAGGCAGGAGUGUGGUGACACUGGUUCCUGUUGUACCUGGUCUCCGGGAGGGAGCAUGCGAAUGCCAAGGCUGAAGGGAGAAGGCGAGAGAGAAUACCGUGUCAGAGGUGUCCCAGUUUCCCCUCCAGGUCCUCACCUCAGGGCAAGCCAAAGACCCCGCCUGAGGACCAGUGUUCCCUUCACUUCCCUGGAAGGGCUGGAGCUUGGAGCCUGAUGGGGUGAUGGGCUGGGCCGCCUGGACCUGGGCUCAGAGCAGGGGUGCAGGAGUCCUUCAGGUUGCCAGUUCCUUCCACAACCCCCCCAUGCCAGCCCACCUAGGCCCACCCAGGAGCAAGCCAGGCAGGGGCACCAGAGGCCCAGAGCCCAGCUAGACCCAGACUGGCAGAGGAGAGUGCAGGGCCCCGGGCAUUCCAUUUGGAGGGGAGAUUCUGUGCGGAAUGCAAAACUUCAGUGGCAACUGCCAGCCUCCAGUCCACUCUGGACUUUAGGCACUCGGAGGGUCCGGUGGCCUGGGUCCAGGUCUGUCACUUUGGGGAGACAACUCCAGGCCCGAGUGGGGGAAUGGGGAGAGCCUGAGCCCCUGCGAGGACUCCUGGGCGUUUAGAGAGAAAGGGAGAGCUGAUGGCAGAUUCUGAAAUAAGGAAGGGGGAGGGAGCACCCAUGGCGGGCCAGGGUGCAGCCAUAAACACCCCCCGCCCUGGCUCACAGCGCGGGGGGCGAGGGACCCUUCACGCCCAGCUCAGAAAGAGGGUUCACGUCAGGGCAGGGGCUGGGCGAGCCCACGGGCCAGGUUCCUUCCCCGACCCCAGGCGCCUGGGGCGCCCCCCGCCGCCGCCGGCCCGGGGCUGAGGCGGGGGGCGUGCGCCUCGCGGCCCGUCAAUACCGAUUACAUAUUUCUAUCAAUCGCGCCGGAGGCCUCCGCGGGCCCCGCUACGACAGCAAACUGGGAGGGGUCGCGCGGCGGCGCCGGCUCGGGAUUGGCUGCGGGCGGCCGCCGCGGCGCGGGGGGAUCGCUAAUCGCAUUCAGCAUGUUUUGCACAAGAAAUGUCAGCCAGAAAGGGCUAUCUGCUCCCUCCGCCAAAUUACCCCACAACCAUGUCAUGCUCGGAGAGCCCCGCCGCGAACUCCUUUCUGGUGGACGCGCUCAUCAGCUCGGGCCGCGUGGAGGCCGGCGGCGGCGGCGGCGGCGGCGGGGGCGCGGGGGCCGCGGGGGGCGGCGGCUACUUCGGCCCCGGCGGGGUCUACCUGCCGCCGGCCGCCGACCUGCCCUACGGGCUGCAGGGCUGCGGGCUCUUCCCGGGCCUGGGCGGCGCCAAGCGCAAUGAGGCCGCGUCGCCGGGCGGCGGUGGCGGCGGCGGCGGGGGCCUGGGUCCCGGCUCGCACGGCUACCCGCCCGCGCCCCUAGACCUGUGGCUGGACGCGCCCCGCUCCUGCCGGAUGGAGCCCCCGGAGGGGCCGCCGCAGCCCCCGCCGCCGCCGCCGCCGCCGCAGCCGCAGCCCCCGCCGCCGGCCCCCGCGUGCUCCUUCGCGCAGAGCAUCAAAGAGGAGAGCUCCUACUGCCUGUACGACGCGGCGGACAAAUGCCCCAAAGGCCCGGCCGCCGCCGCCGCCGAGCUGGCCCCCUUCCCGCGGGGCCCGCCGCCCGACGGCUGCGCGCUGGGCCCCGGCGGCGGGGUGCCCGUGCCCGGCUACUUCCGCCUCUCGCAGGCCUACGGCGCGGCCAAGGGCUACGGCGGCGGCGGCGGGCAGCCCCUGGGCGCCGGGCCGUUCCCCGCGCAGCCCCCCGGGCGCGGCUUCGAGCCGCCGCCACCUGCGCUGGCGCCCGGCGCGGCGGACGCGGCGCGGAAGGAGCGCGCCCUGGACUCGCCGCCCCCCGCGCUGGCCUGCGGCGGUGGCGGCGGCGGCGGCUCGCAGGGCGACGAGGAGGCGCACGCGUCGUCCUCGGCCGCCGAGGAGCUGUCCCCGGCCCCGUCCGAGAGCAGCAAGGCGUCGCCCGGGAAGGACGCCCUGGGCACUACCAAAGGCGAGAACGCAGCCAACUGGCUCACGGCGAAGAGCGGCCGGAAGAAGCGCUGCCCCUACACCAAGCACCAGACGCUGGAGCUGGAGAAGGAGUUUCUGUUCAACAUGUACCUUACCCGGGAGCGGCGCCUGGAGAUCAGCCGCAGCGUCCACCUCACGGACAGACAAGUGAAAAUCUGGUUUCAGAACCGCAGGAUGAAACUCAAGAAAAUGAACCGAGAGAACCGGAUCCGGGAGCUGACAGCCAACUUUAACUUUUCCUGAUGAAGCUCCAGGCAAUGCCGUUUCGGUUUAUUUUUAUUUUUUGUUUGUUCCCCCCCACCCUGCUUCCAGAGAGCCAUCCUCCUCCCUCUGCCUCCGGCCUCUUGCCAGGACCCCGCACCUGUGCGGCUCCAGGCCUCCCUCCCGCACGCCAUCUCCCUGGCCACCACAUCAGUGCAGGGCUGGUCUCUUCUGACGUUCUGUUUCUUUGUUCGCUAGGUGCUGAUCUUUUGCUGUUGUUGUUGCUGUUGUUGUGUUCUGGGGGAAAAGCCAUAUCGCUCUAAAAUUCUAUGUAGAUAAAGAUUGUCCUGAGUGUCAAGUGCGGGCUGGGAUGGUUUGGCGUCUGGAUCGCUCCAGAGCUCAAAAUGGCCCCUGCGCUCCGGCGAGCCAGUUUCCUGCGGGGGGCCGGGCCAGCCCAGCCGGAAGGCCCCGUCCCCUUGUCCCGCUGAGGUGUCUGGCCCGAGGUCAAUGGUGCCAGGAGCCACCAGCGGGGCUGCCUGGCCUGAGUGUGGGGCUGUGUGUAAUCAGGGGGUACAGGCCCUGGGUCUCUUUUCUUUCUUUCUUCCUUUCUUCCUUGGUAAAGAGAAGGGCUUGUGGGCAUGGGCGUACAGGUUGACAAAGGGGCUUGACUGUGGCUGAUUGGAACAUCGAGGGAGUCAGAAAGAUGGAAUUUUCCUUCCUCGGUAAGAUAGCCAAGCUUAAAAAGAAAGAAAGAAAGAAAAAAGAAAAAAGAAAUAAAUAAGACCAGGAUAAGGAAACUCCUCUUCCAGUUUGUGUAAGGCCUUGCAUUGUGGGACUCAAUUAUUUCCCUCUCCUCUGAAUGUCCAUAUCCUCUGGCUGUAGAUAAAUAAUCUGACGCAGUUCUGUUUAUACAUGUGGAUUUAGUGGAUUUUUGUCAUAAAGUAAUCGUUACCACUGGUAACACAAGACAAGCACACCACAACUCUCCCUAUCGGGUGGAGGUUAGUUCCCCUCCCCCCCUUUUUUUCUUCCUUUUUUUUUUUUUCUUUCCAAAAUUCAUGGAAGCCAGGAGGGCUGGGGCAAGCAGAAUAGACUAGAGAAGGGAGACGUUGUUUGGUUUCCUUUAUACUGUGAAGUUACAUGCAUAAAAGGGUCAAACCUGUAGGUGCAGAAAAAGAAAAAAAAAACUAUAAAUGCAAAUCUGUAUAAAUGUCUAUUAUUAUGAAAAAAUUGCCAAUCUUGUUUUAUGCAAAUGCAUUCUAUCGUUAUUAUAAAUGUUAGUUCUAGCUCUAUUUACUUCUAAUCUUAAAAUCAGAAUAAAUUAAUAUUGUAAUGCUGCUGUGCGUGGAAAAAAAAGAUGAUGUUUAUGUUCUUAUAGAAGAAUAAAAGCUGUGGAAUGAA